UGAAGGUAAUUAUUUCUUACACUUAAAUAAAAUGAACAUAAAAUUUAAAUGAGAGUAUUACCUGUGUAUGUCAUUCAGGUUUUACUCAUGUUAUGGGGACCUAAAUGUGUUUACACAGUCAAAUUACAGGGACUUAUCCCCAUUAAAGUGAAGACAUGUUUACAGGUUAGGCAAGUGAUAGUUAUGGUUAGAAUAAGUCUCCAGAACGCGUGUGUGGUUGAUUUAGUUUUACUACACUUAUGGGGUCUGAAAACCAGCAGCUGACUACACUUGUGAGGUCCAAUAGAUUUGUGGGGAUUUAAAUGCUGUAUAAGUUUAAAUGGCUGUCUGGGAGUUGAGACUUGGUUUUAGGGUUCAGGUUAGACUUAAGUUUAGGUUAGGGUUCAGCUGUGGCGGUUGAAGUUAGAGAAAGGGGUUGGAGAAUACAUUACGUCAGUGAGUAUCUUCACAAAGACAGAUGUUCAAACAUGUGGGUGGUGUGUGUGUUCAGUGGGCUCUAUCAUCUAGCCAGAUGCCCUUUGAUACCUGCUGAUGAUGAUAUCGGUUUGUUUAAUUUAUGGCCUUUUACAAACACAAGAAAAGGCUUGGCUUAAUAAGUGCUCUGUCUGCCAAAGUACAGUAACCAACCAACUGGUUUAUGCGGUGGCAUUUCACAAAACAUAAAAACAUUUCACAUGCUUGUGUGCACAGCGACCACCUUGUAAAAGGUAACAUAAUGUAUGUGGCUGUGAUUAUAUAGCUAACUGUGGCUUUGCCCACUUUGGCCACUAACAUUAAUGUUACUGCUUUUUCUUUGCAGUGUUGGGUUUUAUCCCUUUGUAACUAGUAGGUAAUUUUAAAGGGGAUAAGGGGUGAUUUUGUUAGCAAGAAUGACCAAAACUUGUUAACCUGCCACACCUCAUGUACAUACAUAUAAGUCACGAAAUAACUCCCUAAAAAAACUUUACUUUGAUGCUGCAAAGAUGUUAUAUUAUACCAAGAUCGCCCACUGUCUCAUCUAAUCACUGCUUGUGUCUCUGUGAGUGAGGUGAACUAUCUUGUUACUGCAAAAUCUUUAUCAGCAUGGUGGUUCUUUGAUUAUGUCAACAAACCAGACAAGCAGCUGAAUCUGCUGAGUCACAGCCAACUAGAGAAUCACAGUAGUGCACUGCAACACUAAGGCACGAUAGCAACUGAGAGGUUUUCUGCUCCUUAACACCCUGUAGAGUGACCCAGUGUCAAAAUCUUGCUGUUAACUACUUCAGGUAUGCUUCCAUGGUUCGUGUUCCAAAAAAAAAUGUAAUCAAAUUACCACAAAUUAAAUGGGUAGCUCAUCUUCCAGCACAGAAGUACUGGUUGGUUUCUGGGCGCUUGGGGAAAAUACGAGGCGGCUGUGUGCGUGCACCGUAUCUGAUCACUACGUGGGUAUGGCAACAAGAUAUGUACACGAUGUACUGAGAUUUGUCAGAGCAGAGGAUAAAAAAACAUAAAAACUUGGGAUAAUAAUAGUAAUAAUAUCUCAGAAAUUUUAUUUAUUAUUUCCUAACUAAUAGCAGUAUAUUCAGUACUGUGAACUUUUUGUAUGAAGGAGCUUUUGUACUUUCAUACAGUUUCUUAAUAAUCUGAUUCUGUAUAAAUUUAAUUGUAAUUAUUCAGAAUGUACUCUGUUUUAUUUGAGAUUCAGAAAGUAAGAAUCAUGCAGGCAAUAGUUGUACUUUCACUUUCGUUGCAUUGUUUACAUUUUAAAGAAGGCACGAUGUACCACCCCACUGACAGGCUCAUCCUGUUUAGUACCAAAACAUUAGCUUGCAGAAAUCCCCAGCUGUUCCUGUAAGCCUCUGAAAGUGUACUAGUGAAGUAAUUUGAUGAAGCACUCAGGGAGAGGAAACUCAUUCAGAAGCAAUGGCAGGCAAUCCAGUGACAAUAACUGUAGGUGUUCAAUGGAGGUUUCGUCUGCAACCUACACCACCUAGACCCCCAAGACUAUCAGUUGCGGUCACAGUAGUAUUUGUUAUCCUCACUCUGGCACGAAUCAUCUUUGGUGUUGUGUAUUUCAAAGACUGCCCUCUGCAGCCCAACAUACCCAACUACCUGUUGGGGCUGGCUCUGAUACCUCUGUUAAUGAUACCAUUUGUGACCCUCCCCUUUGAGACCGAAGCAGCUCAGCCGCAGGAGUACCCCACUGGUUGCAAAGCCUGUCUGGUUUUUUUAAUAAACCUGUUUAUCUGGAUUUGGAAUCUGGCAGGUAUCGUGUGGGUCUUUUCAAUUUAUCAGCCCAACUAUGAUCCCACAGCAGCGGAUAGUCUUUACUGUAAUAAGACCCUGUACACGUUUGCUUUCUGGAACGCAGUAUAUGAGAUUUAUGGGAUUUGGGUCGUCCUGGCCAAACUCUGCAAAGGGCUGCUGUGUUACGUGAUAGCGAGACCUGCACCAACGCACAGAGACUUUUAUGGGCAUGUGUGACGCACAGAUGGAGCAUAAUUGUGCGCUUAAUGAUCUACAUUAAUCCUUGCACUUUGACUAUGAAGCUCAGUUGCUUUAUCAUUUCCUUUUUUCCUGUCUUUAUUCUGUUGUAAUUUGAUAGAUGUUGAUUCAGAGUUGGAGAAUCUUUGUUGUGCAUUUUGUAGUUUCUUUCUAAAUAUGAACCAUUAUAGGUCUUUGCAUUAAAGGGUAAGGCUGUUAUUAUUUUAUACCUGUGUUGUAUAUAGUUUAGUUAUAUAUUAUUAUCAUUUUUUGUAUGUCAAUUGCCUUAUUUGUACAUAUUAUGCAAUAUUAGAUCAAAAUUCGUCCUGUAUUUUAAAUAAAGAUGUUGAUUGAAGCUCAUAUUACAUGUAACACAAAUAUCAUAUGAAUAUAAAUAAACGUUUUCUACACUAUUGUGCAGUUUUGUCGAAACUUGGAGCCAUGGCUGAGAGUUAAUGAAAGAUUAUGGCGACUUGCUUUAUUAUUGAACGUUGGGGUGGUUUUGUUUUCUCGCGAUAAAGUUGGACAAAAAUCAUGUCCCACCUGGUCAUGACAGUGCCAAACUGGUCGAUGACGUCGCGUCUAACCAGCCAAUAACGUGAGGGUAAACAAUGCGCAUGCAGCUUUCUCAAUACCAGCUGGUCUCGUUCUUGUCUGGCAGCCGUCAGCAAACCUGGUGUCCUGACUCAAAAAAUCAAAGUGAAAACAUUAACAGGACGGUUCAUCCAUUUGUUUGUCACGUGACGGCCCCGCUGUAAAAGGUGACUCAAAACUGUCCACCACCAAAAACUGCGACCAGUCUUCAUCUGCAAUGACAGAUAAAGUUAAAGAGCUCGUCUCAAAGUGCCUACAGGCUCGGGACAUGGCAUACUGUCCAUACAGCCGGUUCCCUGUCGGUGCUGCCAUAUUAACAGCAGAUGGCGCUAUAAUCACAGGCUGUAAUGUGGAGAAUGCCUCCUAUGGUCUGACAGUGUGUGCUGAGCGGACGGCCAUCCAGAGAGCCGUUGUGGAAGGACACAGACAGUUCACAGCCAUCGCUGUUACAUGUGAUAUCAAAGACCGUUUUGUUGGGCCAUGUGGAGCAUGUCGACAGGUUCUUAUGGAGUUUGGAUCAGACUGGAUUGUAUACCUGACCAAGCCGGAUGGCUCUUACAAAGAAACCAGCCUCAGCGAACUGCUGCCUUUAGCCUUUUCUCCAGCACACCUCGAAAAGAACUGAUAAGAUAUUAGAUAUUUAAAAAAGGGACAAGAAAGACGCUUUAGUACAGCUAAUAUUAUCUCAUGAAUUGUUCUAUCACAAGUAAUACUGCAAAGUUGGUAUCAAACUUCCCAUAAAUAAACAACCUUCUUUUAUUCCCCUUAA